UUAUAAAAAAAUAAAUAAUAAUAGUAAAAACGAAUUCUCUCUCGUCAGGCAUUUCUCGUUUCUUGUAACAAACUCAAAUUCCACCCCUCACAUGUUCCAUCAACCUAACUCCAAACGAUGACCACCAACACUACCGCGGCAACCACCAACAACACCGCCAUCAACUCGAGUUCCAAGUACGGAAAUCAAGAUCCAGGCUCAUACUUCAUAGACGUAGCACGGCAGUACUCAUCACCAGUUGGCGGAGAAACAGAGCUUGAACCGACGGAGUUAAACACAGUGAAAAGUUCUGGAGGGUUUCUUGUGGUUUCCAUUGAUAAAUUGAGUGUUAAAUACACAAGUGUCAAUCUUCAUGGUCAUGAUGUUGGUGUUAUUCAAGCCGAUAGACCGGCUCCGGAAAAACGGCUUGUUUAUUAUUUUGAGAUUUAUGUAAAGAAUGCUGGUGCUAAAGGACAGAUUGCUAUUGGUUUUACCAAUCAUGCUUUCAAGAUGAGGAGACAGCCUGGGUGGGAAGCAAACAGUUAUGGAUAUCAUGGGGAUGAUGGCAAUCUUUAUCGUGGACCUGGAACCGGGGAGGCAUUUGGACCAACUUUCACGACCAAUGAUACAGUUGGUGCUGGUAUCAACUAUACUUCACAGGAAUUCUUUUUCACUAAAAAUGGAGCACUAGUUGGGGCAGUGUACAAGGACAUGAAGGGUUUGCUGUUUCCUACUGUUGCUGUUCACAGCCAAAAUGAGGAGAUUGAAGUCAACUUUGGGAAGAAACCAUUUGCUUUUGAUCUUAAGGAAUAUGAAAGACAAGAAACGAUGAAGCAACAAAUGAAAGUUGACAAAAUAUCUUUACCGCCAAUUGUUAGUUAUGGACUUGUUCGCUCGUACUUAUUACACAAUGGCUAUGAAGAGACACUCAAUGCAUUUGAUGUGGCUAGUAAAAGUACUAUCCCUCCUAUGUAUAUAGCUCAGGAAAAUGGCUCUGGUGAACAGGACAUUGCAUAUGCAUUAGCACAGAGGAAAGCUCUUCGACAGCUAAUCAGAAACGGUGAGAUUGAUUCUGCACUCACCAAACUUCGUGAGUGGUAUCCCCAAAUUGUUCAGGUUGAAAAAUCAGCCACCUGCUUUCUGCUUCACAGUCAAAAGUUUAUUGAACUGGUUCGGGCUGGAGCACUAGAGGAGGCCGUCCAUUAUGGAAGGAUUGAAUUGGCAAAGUUCUUUAAGCUGCCUGGGUUUGAUGAUCUAGUUCAGGAUUGCGUUGCCUUGCUGGCGUAUGAAAAACCGCAUCAGUGCUCGGUUGGGUAUCUUCUCGAGGAGUCACAGCGUGAGAUUGUGGCUGAUGCUGUAAAUGCCAUGAUUUUGUUAACAGGUCCCAACGUGAAGGAUGCACAAAGCUGCUUGCGAUCUCAUCUUGAGAGGUUAAUCAGACAGCUUACUGUUUGCUGCCUGGAGAGAAGGUCCUUGAAUGGGGGUCAAGGUGAAGCUUUCCACCUGCAUGGAGCACUAAAACUUCACAGCGGGAAGAGGGCCAAGUGCUCACAUUUAUAAUUCUUGAUUUUGCCAUACUAUUCAUAUGGGUAGUUGACUUUCCCUCGCUGCUUAGCUGAUGCAAUAAUCAGAUGCUCUGGGGAUUCUCUACUCGCAAAUAUAAUCUGAGAGGCAAGACACUAUAAACUGUUUGUCUCCAUGCGGCUGUUAGAUUUGCCCGGAACAUUUUGCUUUUAAGCUUUACUGUAAAUAAUUUGGUUUGCAAAUGCUCAAUUUGUUCAGUUGAUAUGCACAGUUGAUUCUAUGGAAAACACUGAUUGUCUAAAUGCACCAUUGAUUCUAUGGGAAACACUGAUCGCCAUUCA